ACAUAAACCCUAGGCAAGAGCCGAGCGAGUAGCAAACAGUCUUUUACGCUUUUUAUAAGAAGCAUUGCACCUCCAAUCAAAGGAAGAAAAUUUUUCUGACCGUUGUAGCGUAGAGGAAGAAGAGAAUGAGGAAGAAGGUUGACGAGCGCAUCAGAACUCUCAUUGAAAAUGGCGUCAAAACCCGCCAUCGCUCCAUAUUCGUCAUCAUCGGCGACAAGUCACGGGACCAGAUUGUCAAUCUCCAUUACAUGCUAAGUAAGUCAGUUAUUAAAGCAAGGCCAACUGUUUUGUGGUGCUACAAGGAUAAGCUUGAACUCAGCAGUCACAAGAAAAAACGUGCAAAGCAGAUAAAAAAGCUAAUGCAGAGGGGGCUCCUGGAUCCUGAGAAGGUUGAUCCUUUUUCACUUUUUGUUGAAAGUGGGGGCUUAACUUAUUGCUUGUACAAGGAUUCGGAGAGAGUUCUUGGUAAUACCUUUGGGAUGUGUGUGCUUCAGGAUUUUGAGGCUUUGACACCAAAUCUAUUAGCAAGGACAAUUGAGACGGUAGAGGGUGGUGGAUUAAUUGUAUUGCUGCUUCGUUCUCUAUCCUCACUGACCAAUCUGUACACCAUGGUUAUGGAUGUUCACGAGAGGUUUCGAACUGAAUCCCAUUCUGAGGCAGUUGGGCGUUUUAAUGAGCGUUUCUUGUUAUCCAUUGUAUCAUGCAAAGCAUCUGUGGUCAUGGACGAUGAACUGAAUAUAUUACCAGUUUCAUCACAUAUAAGGUCAAUCAGUCCCGUUCCAGUUAGAGAGGACUUUGAGGGGCUAUCGGAGGCAGAGCGAGACCUGAAGAAUCUCAAAGAACAGCUAAAUGAUGAUAUUCCUGUUGGUCCUUUGAUAAGGAAAUGUUGUACCCUGGACCAGGGAAAAGCUGUAAUAACAUUUUUAGAUGCAAUAUUGGACAAGACACUUCGUAGUACAGUUGCCUUGCUUGCCGCUCGUGGCCGUGGGAAAUCUGCUGCACUUGGUUUAGCAAUUGCUGGAGCUAUUGCUGCUGGGUAUUCAAAUAUCUUUGUAACUGCACCCAGCCCCGAAAACUUGAAAACCUUAUUCGAAUUUGUUUGCAAGGGUUUUGAUGCACUUGAAUAUAAGGAACAUAUGGAUUUUGAUGUGGUGAAAAGUAACAAUCCUGAGUUCAAGAAAGCAAUCGUUCGUAUCAAUAUUUACAAGCAGCACAGACAGACAAUUCAGUAUAUACAGCCACAUGAGCAUGAAAAACUUUCCCAAGUUGAACUACUGGUUGUUGAUGAAGCAGCAGCUAUUCCAUUGCCAGCUGUGAAGUCCUUGCUUGGCCCUUAUUUGGUCUUCCUUUCAUCUACAGUAAACGGCUAUGAAGGUACUGGCCGCUCCUUGUCAUUAAAACUUUUGCAGCAAUUGGAUGAGCAAAGCAGGGAGUCUGCUAAUGGUCGUCUUUUCAAAAAGAUAGAGUUGAGUGAAUCAAUUAGAUAUGCUUCUGGGGACCCAAUUGAAUCCUGGCUUCAUGGUUUACUUUGCUUGGAUGUUACCAGUGCCAUUCCUAAUAUUAACAGGAUACCUCCUCCCAGUGAGUGUGAUCUGUAUUAUGUCAAUCGGGAUACACUCUUUUCCUAUCACAAAGAGAGUGAGUUGUUUUUGCAGCGUAUGAUGGCCUUAUAUGUUGCUUCUCACUACAAAAACUCACCAAAUGAUUUACAACUAAUGGCAGAUGCUCCAGCACACCACUUGUUUGUUUUACUUGGUCCUGUUGAUGAGUCUAAAAAUCAGCUUCCUGACAUCUUAUGUGUCAUCCAGGUCAGUCUUGAGGGACAGAUUUCUCGGAAAUCUGCAAUCAGAAGUUUAAGUGAUGGUUAUCAACCUUCUGGAGACCAAAUACCAUGGAAAUUCUGUGAGCAAUUCCAGGACACCGUCUUCCCCAGUCUUUCAGGUGCUCGUAUUGUACGCAUUGCUACCCAUCCAAGCGUCAUGAGGUCUGGAUAUGGUUCACAAGCUGUGGAACUUUUAACAAGGUACUUUGAAGGACAGCUUACUCCUAUUUCUGAAGUGGAUGAUGUUGAGAAUGCUACAGAAGCUCUGCCUGUCAGAGUCACCGAAGCUGCUGAGAAGGCUUCAUUGUUAGAAGAAAAUAUAAAACCCAGAACCAAUCUUCCUCCUUUGUUAGUUCAUCUUCGUGAAAGACGACCUGAAAAGCUACACUACAUUGGUGUCUCCUUUGGGCUUACUCUGGACCUUUUUCGCUUUUGGAGGAAACAUAGAUUUGCUCCAUUCUACAUUGGCCAGAUUCAAAGUACUGUGACUGGUGAGCAUACAUGUAUGGUCCUUAAGCCUUUGAACAAUGAUGAUAUUGAAGAUAGUGGGUCUGAUCAAUGGGGCUUUUAUGGUCCAUUUUACCAAGAUUUCAAGCGAAGAUUUUGUAGACUAUUGCAUCUUAGUUUUCGUGAAAUGGAGUAUAAGCUUGCUAUGAGCAUCCUGGAUCCAAAGAUCAAUUUUAUGGAGCAGGAACCUGCACUGCCCACCGUAGAUGGACUUUUUAGUUCAAUUAAACAAUUAUUAUCACCACAUGAUAUGAAGCGACUGGAAGCUUAUACCAACAAUCUUGUUGACUUCCAUUUGAUUUUUGACCUUGUUCCGAUUCUUGCAAAUCUGUAUUUCGAAGGGAAAAUUCCGGUUACACUGUCAUAUGCACAGGCUUCUGUUUUGCUCUGCAUUGGUCUGCAGGGUCAAAACAUUUCAUAUAUUGAGGGACAGAUGAAGCUAGAAAGGCAACAAAUAUUGUCACUGUUUAUAAAACUUAUGAAGAAGUUCCACAAACAUUUAUACAGUAUUGCUUCCAAGGAGGUUGAGUCAACCCUGCCCCGACUAAAAGAAAUUGUGAUGGAACCUCAUAGUAUCUCUGUGGAUGAGGAUCUCAAUAAUGCAGCAAAAGAAGUUGAGGAUGAGAUGAGAUCCAAGUCGGACAGUGUGUUGAAUCCUGAGCUACUGCAACAGUAUGCCAUUGUGGACAGAGAAGCUGAUUUUGAGAAUGCUUUGCAAAAUGGAGGUAAGAUACAGUCAGGUGGUCUCGUUAGUUUGAAAUCAAGCAGAAGUAAAACUGAGAAGCAUGGAAAUCAGAAAGAAAGUCAUAAGAGCGGGAAAAAGAGAAGUAAAGAUGAUCGUGGCUCCAAAUCAAACAAAAAGAAGAAAUUCUAGUUGUACUGAACUCGAGAAAUAUCAAGAUGCAAGGAUUUUGUCAUGGAUUGCUUACGCCAUUUUGUUCUCACGAGCGAUUAAAUUAUUGUACUUAUUUUUUUGUAGAUUUUUAUGUCGAAUUUGGUAUAUAGUACAUGAUACGCAGUUUUGACAUAGCAUCAUCAUCAGGUUUAGGCCCGCAAACGAAGUUGAUUAAUGAAAACUGUAAACGGUUUUCAUUAUGUUUUCUAAAAAACAUUUUCUUGACCAUUUUUAUAAUAAUAUAUAUUUUUGAU